AUGCCUUCGGUUAUUUCAACCACCCAUGAUACCAUCACCAAGUUCACAAACUGCCGACUGGUAAAAGGCGAUGAGUUAGUAGAGCAAGACCUCUGGGUCAGCAGCGGCACCGGGAAAAUCAUACGAAGUCAAGAAGCAUUCUACAGCUCCCAUACCGUCCCAACCAAAACCGUCGACCUAGGCGGACGAAUAAUCUCCCCAGGCCUCAUCGACGUCCAACUCAACGGCGCCUUCGGCUUCAACUUCUCCACCAUCCCCUCCGACCCCUCCAGCUACGGAAAACUCCUAAGACAAGUCAACAAAUCCCUCGUCCAAACAGGCGUAACAUCCUACCUCCCAACCCUCACCUCCUCCCCCCCAGAAGUCUACCACCAAGCCCUCCCCUUCCUCGGACCCUCAGGAUCCCAAAGACUCGCCUCAGAUGGCGCCGAAUCCCUAGGAGCGCACUGCGAAGGGCCCUUUUUAAACCCAACCAAAAACGGCAUCCACCCCCUCGAAGUCCUCACAACCGCCCACUCCCUCUCCGACCUCGAAACCAUCUACGGCUCCUCAAACCUCUACCCAACCCACCAAAACGGCCUCCUCACCCCCCCAAAAAUCCGCAAACUAACCGUCGCCCCCGAACUCGGCUCCAUGACAACCCUCAUCCCACACCUCGUCACAAACAACACCAUCAUCUCCCUCGGCCACACAGCCGCAACCUACGAAGACGCCUCGCUCGCCAUCUCCGCCGGCGCAACCAUGAUAACGCACCUCUUCAACGCCAUGGCACCCUUACACCACCGGAACCCAGGGGUAUUCGGGGUUCUGGGCGCCGCGGAGAGUGUGCCGAGACCGUAUUAUGGGGUCAUUGCUGAUGGGAUACAUUUGCAUCCUGCGAGUGUGAAGAUUGCGUGGAAUGCGCAUCCCGAGGGGUUUAUUCUGGUGAGUGAUGCGAUGCAUCUUGUUGGCUUGCCGGAUGGGGUUUAUGAGUGGGGGGAGGGCGGGAGAGAGAUGUUGAGGAAGGUGGGGGAUAGGUUGGUGUUGGAGGGGACGGAGAAGAUUGCUGGGAGGUUUGUUUAUUUCUUCCUUAACCCUUCCCUUUCCCUAUCCCCAUCCCCCAUCUCACCAAACCAAAAAACUAACUCAAAAAAGCUCUCUCCCCCUCCUCUCCUGCGUCUCCAACUUCCUCUCCUACACAGGCUGCACCAUCCCCCAAGCGCUCAAAGCCGUAACCGCAACACCCGCUGCCAUGCUGGGGUUGCAAGGUGUAAAGGGGUGUUUGGAGAGCGAUGCGGAUGCGGAUUUGGUGGUGCUUUCGGAGGAGAUUCAUGAAGAUGGGGAGGGGCAUAGGAGGAAGAGGUUGGUUGUUGAUCAGGUGUGGAAGUUUGGGGGGUGUGUGGGGGGUGGGGAUGGGGAUGAGUAG